AUGGACGGCGUAGCCUACACCACCGGCCUCUCCCUCGACGACGACCACAAAGAAAUCCACUUCAACACAACCUACAUCGAGGGAAUCGCCCCCACGCGGCAAAAAGAGGAAAUCAUGGGCGUGCUCGUACAUGAAAUGGUGCAUUGUUGGCAGCGAGAUGCGUGUGGAACGGCUCCCAGUGGACUCAUCGAGGGCGUGGCCGAUUGGGUUCGGUUGAAAGCGGGACUUGCGCCGCCGCAUUGGAAGAGACGGGCGGAUUGUAAGUGGGAUGCUGGGUAUGAGCGUACGGCGUAUUUUCUGGAGUGGCUGGAGGGCGAGUGUGGGAAGGAUGUUGUGAGGAGGGUUAAUGAGAGGUUGGGGGUGGGGGAGUAUUGUGAGGGGGCGUUUUGGGUGGGGUGUUGUGGGGAGAGGGUGGAAAAGCUGUGGGCGAGGUAUCGGAGGAGUUUGGGGUGUGAGGAGCCGGGGCAUGGGAAGGAUGGAAAAGAUGGAAAAGAUGGAGAGGGAGAUGAGGGUGAGGGUAAGGGCGAGGAGAAAGAGGGCAAGGAAGGAGAGGAUUGA